AUGACGCUCACCGAGACAAGAGAGAACGCGUCUCAGGCAGACCGUGGUUUGACGGCCGGAAGAACUCGUUGUUGUAAAGUCCCAUUUGGCAAAGAGGGCGAGAAAUAUUCUUCUGUGGAUCUCUCAGUAACUACCACACUAAAGAUGUUGGACCGGGGAACAGUGGUGGUUUGGGAAUGGCAGGACGAGACAUUUUGGAAACCUUACAGUCCACAGGUUACAUCCUACGUGGAGCAGGUGAUACAGGAGACGCCGCGUGCAACCUCUGUUAGUCUGGGAGAAGCAGAUCCACGUUUGACCUCCUACAUCCUGGACCUCAUUUCGAUGAACCAGUUUAAAUUGGAUACUGGGAUUUUGUUUCCGGUUAGAAGAGUGAUUUUCCCUAUAUCCAGUGCACCAGGACAAGGUGUCACAUGGGAAAGAGAAGUUAAUCCAACACAAUGGGUCCCAUUAGAAACAAGAUUAUCAGCUCUGAUCCAUCAGGCACUUGAAAGAAAGCAGCUAGGAGUUCAUCUUGGAGAAUCCUGCACUGGCUCCCAUAUUUGCUUCCAAACAAUGACCCACUUGGACUUUGCAUCACAAAAGAGGGUAAGGGUUCGAGUCCGGACCCAUGCCUCUUAUCCUUCAUCAGAGAAAAAAUAUGGAAUAGCAAAAUCCAAUUUUGCAACUGGAUUUUCGAAUAGGAUCAGAAACUGUGAAAAAGAAACAUUUUUUAACUUAACACAAGGGAAUCCCAGCAUUGGACCUAGUUUUGGACAUGGGAAAGCCAGCUCAAGUGAACCAUACAGGUCAAAUCAAGAAAGGGUGAACUCAAGCCUUCUAAACACUAACCAGGUUCUAGUGAAUGAAACCAGUGGGGAAAAUAACCUGAGUAUUUAUGGAAUUGCAAAUCUCAAAACUGAAGUAAUGAACCAUAGCCAUUUACCUUUAAACUUUAGUAAUGGACAGGCGAAUGUCUGUUCUGGUCCAGUGCCUUGUAACGAUGUCAUAAAUGGUAAUGGUAUAUUUGUGACUUCCAACACUAACCAUAUGCACGCUACAGCAAGACUCUUUAACUCUGAUCAUGAACAAUCUAAUAAUCAGUCCAGAGCAUUCAGUCCCAGACCCAUACGUCCUAACUUGAACCCAAUACUAGUGAAUUCUGAAGGAAAAAGUAUGAUUUCUAGUAGAGAAAUGGUCAGAGUUUCAGUGGGUGGACCUAACAAAGUGUCUGAACCAUUUGUUUCUGACUCUAGAAAUGUCUUAAAGCCCAGAAUGCUCAGGUCAGACUAUAAAAUGGCAGACUGUAGAGUAGAUAAAGUAAAUUCUGAAUCUAAUUAUAAUCCUUUUUUAGUAGGAUUGAACACUGAACCUGGCUUAUCCAGGUCUGACUUUAGACCAGUUGAUCAGAAGCCUGAAUUGGUUAGGUUAGGUUCUACACCAAAUGACUCUUGUAUUGAACUAAUUAGGCCUCACUCUGGAACUGAGGUUUCUAACCCUGUAUUGAAUAGGUCUAAUUAUAGACAUAGUCACAAUCAACUUAGAUAUGGUAAAUCUGAUUCCAGAUUUGAUGAUGCUAAGUACAUAUUGGAUACAUCUUUCUAUAAAUCAGAUGAUCAGAAACGCAUAGUAGAAAACAACCAUGGAAUUCCGUUGGUUAUUCAAAGUUCACCUUGCACUUGUCCUCAGUGCAUUUUAGUACACAGUAUAAAAUCAUCUAGCUGGCCAGUACAACAAUUAAACACGAAGACUAUAGGAGUCCAGAAGAGUAAUUCCCAACGUACAGAUGUAGCCAAAGGAAAAGAAAGAAUCCUCCCAGUACCUCUUUGCAACAUGAAAGGUUCGGGAAUUAUCAAGCCUGCACUUGCAGGUAUUGGUGGCCUUUUAAUGAGUUCAGCAGGGUUUCCUGUUUGCCUUUCUAUUUCAAGUUCUCCUGUGUUAUCCCCCCCACGUAUACGAAAUAAAGACAUCAAACCUGUACCAGGUGUAUUGGGGACUUGUCGGAAAGUAUAUAACAAGAAAGGCAAGAAGCCAGAAGAAAUAAUCAAGCAGUUUUUGCAGAAAGUGAAGAUUCCUUUAAUGGAGGAUUGUGUUUUGUGUCUGAAACCUCUAGCAGAUGGGAAGGUGGGCAAGUUAUAUCGUUGCUCUCAUAGCCAUCAUGUGCGCUGUCUGGCCCAAUUGUACAAGGAUGGAAUGCUAAGAUGUCCAUCUUGCCAAACUCUCUAUGGUUCAAAAAUUGGUUCUCAACCCCCUGGAAAAAUGUGUUACCAUCUGAUUCCGUACUCUCUUCCGGGUCACGCAGACUGCCAAACCAUCCGCAUUAUUUACCACAUCUCUCCUGGCAUUCAGGGUCCAGGGCAACCAAAUCCCGGAAUGAAGUUCAUAGCUCCUGAUUUUCCUCUGCACUGUUACUUCCCUAACACAGAUAAAGGGAGGAAGGUCCUGCGUCUCCUCAUUCAAGCCUGGGAACGACGCAUCCUUUUCCCAGUUAUUCCAUCAAAAGAGCCUGGAGUACCAGAUUCUGUUUCCACCUCUAGAUUUCCCCUCAAGACAGAAUUUGGCUCAAACUUUACAGGAAAGGGCUUUCCAGACUCUCAAUAUCUGGAUAGAGUUUUAAGACAGCUGCAAGACUGGGGUGUGACAGGAGAUUGACCUGAGUCACUAGGUGUAACAGAGCAUCAAAUAUGCUCACCAUGGUUACAUUAACCGAUCAAGCAAAAUGUUUUCUGCUUUAAUGCGGAAUAAAGUAAUAUUUAUAUGUAUUGUCAUAUAGGUUUUGAAGUGUGUUCUUUUAUUGCCCAAUAAAAAACACAGCAAGUUAACGAAAAACCUUAUAGGUGUUUCCAGUACAUCUACACAUUUGUUUGUACAGGAGUGUAGGUGCAAAUUUGAACAAUGGCAAAUGUGAUUUUUCGAAUCUUAUUAGUCAUUUUGGUUUUUAGUAGACCUAUGCUGGCCAAAAAAAGAAAUCUGGAUAUUAAUCUAAAUAGCUGUUUAGAACCUGGAAACAAUUUGUCCACUAUUUUGUAGCCAAGAUUGAAAAUGUAGGGGAUUAUUUAUCAAAGAUCGAGUUUGUGAGUUUUUUUUCUACCUUGAAUAAACUCACAACUUUAAUGUUUGCUUAUUUAUGAAAAACCCCAAAUGUCAAAAGAACUGGACUGAACGCAAUCAGGGAAAAAACUCAAAUACCUUGAAUUUAUAGGCUUAAAAACUUUGAAUACCUUGAAAUUUUCAAGCACAAACCACAGUAAAAAGCCUGAAAAUCAUGAAGGCAAAAAAACAUCUUGAAAAGGGACCACUGCCUUGACAGGUUUUAGCUGGAGUAUUUUUGGAUUCUGGCUUUUAGCAGCUUCAGGCAUAAUAAAUCUCAAAAAAUGUGAGUUUAUUUUUUUAAUGAAACAACCCUCCAAAAACUUGAAUGUUUUGAGAAAACACAACUUGACCUUUGAUAAAUAACCCCCUUAAUUCCCAAAUCUAGUCUUUCAUGAGACUUUUGUGAUUGUGAUCAUCAAAUCACAAACUGAUCAGCCCAUUACUCACACAUGUUAAUUUAGAUUAAAACAAAUUCUUAUUUUAAUAUUACAAUACAUUUAGUAGAAAUGUAUUUUAGAGCGUUACUUUUAAAUGUAAAGAUAAUUUUGUGCACAGGUUCAAAAAGCAAUACUUUUAUGGGGAAACAAAACCUUUGUGCUGACUUUGCACUGUACAUGAUCUAUUACAUGAUCUAUUAUUCUAGCUUUUCCCCAACUCACCACCUCCAUUACUUUAUUGGCUGUUGGGUUUACCUCUUGUAUAUAUGCAGUUUGAUGGCUGCCUUAUUUGAGUGCUUUACAUAAGUGCUCGCCUAGUACUAGAUCAAUGCAGUCCAAGCUGGCAAUGUGUGUGUUGUAUUUAUAUGGCCAAACUCAGCAGCAACCUGCCUUUCAAAGUGGCAAACCAAGCAACAAGUGAGGGGGAGAAGGUGUUUACAUCACCAUUCUCUGUUUGCCACUUUUAAAAAGCAUAGUCAACCUGUAUGUGUCUAAGUGGCAAUUUUUACUCUUGUUUUCAAGUAACAUUUUACUUGAAAACAAAAUGUAAAUUAAUGUAUGCUUGAAAGUGUUCUCGGAACACUUAAAUGAUAUGCUGGUAUCAUACCUUUGUGUCUCCAAAAUGCAUAGGUGGAACGUAUAGGUGGAUGUGAUAUUCUGUUUAUGUUUGCAAAGCUCAUUAGCCUUUGUUUCAUCUGCAAAUAAUUCUCUCUGUUCUAUGAGAAGUGUGAAAUGGAAAUGUAUUUGGUUUAUUUGUUUAAAACCAAACAUAUAAUAUUGUUGAAAAAGCCAUUGAGUGGCUUUGAUUCAUUAAAAACAUUAUUUUGAUAUAAAUCUCAAAACAUUUCUGCAGGCAUUGUGGAAAUAUUACAUUGUGUUAUGUACACAACAAUUGUACAAUUGCAGGCAGUGUGAUACAUAUCAAGGAGCCAAGGAAAGACUUGGUGAUAUGUUUAUCAACUUUAAUAUAAUUAAUGUAAUUGUUUAUCAACAUGUAAUUAAUGCAUUAAAGUUAAUGCUAUUUUCAUGUUUUUUGUUUACAUGGCUACAUUAUAUUAUAUGCUUGAUAAUUUUGUCAACAUAUAAGGGGGAGUGUAAUUAAAAUCGCAGGCAAUCUUUAAAAUCGAAUUUUUGCAAAUGUUUAGCACUGCUCACAAUUUACAAUCAUUCUGUGGCAAAUAUUACAUCACUCAUUAUCGCUAAGGAAAGUUUAGCAUUAAGACCUAUUUUGGAGUUUUGUUAAAUCUAACGCUUUGAGAUUGCGACAUUUUAUUACAUACAUCACGCAUGUUUGCAAAAGCCAUUUGUUCUCAAAAUCUUGGUUGCUAACUUUCACAAUGGUUUUUGCAAAUGUUUUUGCCAACGUUUUUUUGCAAACAGUUUUUGCGUUAACAAAAUAUAUUGUAUUCCCCCAUGAACUGUUUUUCUGUAUCACCGAAUCAUGUAUUUUAUUUUUCCUGUGUAAUAUUUUCUUAUUCACCCUGUAUAAUAUUUGUGUUAUCUAUAAAGCAGUGUACACCUGUUGGAUUACUAUCUCGACUAACUAUACCUGAAAAUGUAUUGUGAAUAAAAACUGUAUUGUAUAUGUUGCUGGCAGUUAAAGGGAUAAAAACAGGGUUUUUUUCUGUAAAAGAUAAAGGGAACAUGUUACAAGUGAAUAUUUUAACAACAUUGCAUUUAUGUAAUGGGCAUCAGGAGAUAUGCUCUUAUUAUUGUUGACUUUUGCUUUUUUUAUAUGUGUUUAUUUAGCUAACCUAAUAAAUGCAGAGACAGAUACAGAUAUUGGCACAAAUGGACUUAAUGAUCCUUUGUUCACAAGGCCAUGUAUUAUAUACAGUAAAGAGCCCAUACAAUACAACACAAUGGGAUUUCCCAACUUUCCUAAUCAAUAUUGUCCUGUCCUGAUACAUGGGUCAAUUUGUUUGCAAGAGUAGAAAAGCAGCCAGAAUCUGUCCAUGUAUGGUUCUACCUGCAAAAAAAAGGGAGGGGAUUGUGAAUUGGAUAAAUAAAAUAAGAUUGACAAUGGCGAUGUAGAGAGAGAAUGUACUGCUAAGAAAGGGUUGGUUGUGAGUUAAAGGGGAGAGUAAGAAAAAGUGAAUGGAGAAUAGAAUAAAGCAAGAAGGGAAGAGGAAGUAAAAUAAAUGAAGUGAUUUUUGGAAGCGCAAUAAUUGAAAUAUUUCAGGAUAUGAGAAAAGGAAUAAAAGUAAAAUGCUUUGUGAUUACAUACAAAAGGAUAAAAAAAACAGUUUAUUAUCCUGUAUAUAAUGUAUAUUUAUUGACCACUGUUACAUUUAUUAUGCUGUUUCUCUUGAAAAAAAGAGAAUGUAAUGUAGUACAAUAAUUCCUUUGUUUCAAAGGCAUUUACAGUAUGGCAUUUUUGGUUAGGGGUGGGGACUAUAUGUGACUGACCAUAUUGGAAAACAGAUUUGAAAGCUUAGAAAUGUUACUUGUUAUUAUUUUGUAAGGAUUGUUGGCAUUUAAAUAUUUUUGUACGGUAUAGGUAAGGUCAAAAUAAAAUUAAGUGUAAACCUGGA